UCAUCAGUUCCCAUAACUCAUCAUGCAAUCCAUUCGUUUUACACUUAGCCUCAUAGCUAUUCUUGGUUUGUCCUAUUUAGUUCAAGCACAUCCAUUGAGCUCUAGAGAAGCUUUGAAGUCUUCUGAAACUACUGAUUUGGCUCUACCUGGAUCACAUGAAACAACCGAAGUAGCUCUGCCAGAUGUCAAAACAACUGAUAUUGAUACUCUUGGAGAAUCAAAUGGAAGAGUGAAACGUCAGGGAGGAGGUUGUGGAUGUUGCGGAUGUGGAUGUGGAUGCUGCUGUUGCCGUCCACGUUGCUGUUGCUGCUGUCGUAGAUGUUGCACUUGUUGCAGAACUUGCUGCUGCACCCGUUGCUGCACUUGCUGUCGUCCAUGCUGCUGCGGAUGUGGAUGCGGAUGUGGAUGCGGAUGCUGCGGAUGCGGAGGAGGAGGACGUAAGCGUCGUUCCCUCCAAACUCUCAAGAUCAAGCUCGCCGAGAAGGUUCAAAGAGAAGCUAGACAAAUCGAGCAGAUCCCAGAAACUAUUGCUCCAGUUGAGAUCACUGAGAACGUUGAGACUCCAGAAACUGUUGAAGAGAAUAAACCAGAAGAAGUCGAGACAGCUACUCAAUGGCCAGAGCCAGUUUACGAGCUUGUCACUGAGACAUGGGCUCACUAAUUUCCUUUUUCACUUAUUUAUCUAAUUUAAUAAAUAAUUUUGAAA